AUGUUAUUCGUGCUAAUUUUUCAUUUAAUAUCAAUAACUUCUGUUUCUACUCAAUCCCGUCUUUACGGACCUGGCCUUCGAGCAUCAUUUCAAGUACCUGUUCGUUAUUUUUAUUUACAAUCUUAUGAUUUAAAAGGACAUAAACUUAAUUAUUCAACUGAACCUGUUGAUCGUAUAAUAUUUCAUUUAACACGUGUAUCUGAUCAAUUAUCUGUUCAUAGUUAUCGUAAAAUUGAUGAUCUCAAUGAUGGUAUUUAUUUAUUUCGAUAUCGCCUAUAUGAAUCUGUCGAAAAUCUUCAUUUAUAUAUUCGAUUUGGUAAUCAAGAUCUUGAACAUAUUGUUAAAGGUCAUAUUUAUUCUGAUGGUUGUUAUUGUCCACAAACAAAUGUAACAGAAUGGUUUGAUGCAUUAGAAUGUUCAUCAUCAUUAUCAACAUCACAAUUACGUCAAGAUAUAAAAUUAUUCGAUAAAAUUGAUAUGAAUAAAGUGAUUAAUAAAGCACAAGAAAAAUAUUUUCAAUAUCCUCAAACGUAUGCACUCUGUCAUUAUGUUAUUAAAAAUAAUAAAAUUUAUCGAAAAUGUCAUGGUGAACAUAUUGGAUUUAAAUCAUUCUCUGAUGCAGUUUUAUUAUCUCUUUCUCGAAAAGUUGUUUUACCUGAUGUAGAAUUUCUAAUGAAUUUGGGUGAUUAUCCAUUAAGUAGUGGUGAUGAUCCAAUACCAAUUAUAUCUUGGUGUGGAUCAGAACAAACACAUGAUAUUAUUCUACCUACUUAUGAAAUAACAGAAGCUACACUACAAAUGCUUUCUAGAACAACACUUGAUAUAUUUACCAUGCAUACAACACGUCAUUUACCAUGGUCAAAAAAGAUUCCAAAAGGAUUUUUUCGUGGUCGUGAUAGUUGUCGAGAACGUCUUGAUCUAGUUCGUCUAUCAAAAAAAUAUCCAGAUUUAAUUGAUGCUAAUUUAACACGAAUGUUUUUCUUUCGUGAUCAAAAAUCCGAAUUUGAACCAUUUGCUGAACAUAUUCCAAUGACAAAAUUUUUCGAUUAUAAAUAUCAAAUAUCACUUGAUGGAACUGUUGCUUCAUAUCGAUUUCCUUAUUUAUUAGCCGGUGAUGGACUUAUAUUUAAACAAGCAAGUUCAUAUUAUGAACAUUUUUAUCGAGAUCUUGUACCACAUAAACAUUAUAUACCAAUAAAAAAAGAUCUAUCAGAUUUAAUUGAAAAAAUUCAAUGGGCAAAAGAUCAUGAUGAUGAAGCACAACAUAUAGUAAAACGUGCACAACGAUUUACUCAACGAAAUCUACUUCCUAAUCAUAUUCUUUGUUAUCAUGUACAAGUUUUACAAGAAUAUGCUAAACGUUUAAUAUCACCAAUUAAAAUUUCUCCAGAUAUGGAAUUAGUUCAACAUGAAUUUGAUGAAAGUCAUAUAAAAAAAGAUAAUUGUAUUUGUCAUCGUUUAGAGAAUCUCAAUCAUAUCGAUCUGUGA